AUGGCGGAUAUAAAUGCAAUAAGGAAAAGCAAGGAGUACAAAAACUAUAAAAGCCUUGAUGCAGCUUUGAGCAUACUGGGGCAGUCACUGGAACAUUUCACUGACCACAGUGUUGGAACAGUACACCGCAAAAUAUCUCAGAAACUUGGGAAGAGACCGCAGUGCAAUAAACAAUGCAGCCGGAGUAUUCUUGAUCAUAAAAGAUGGUGUCCGACUUGCUUUGCUUGGAAAGAGGAAUUGACAAAGUAUCUAAAAAGCCAGAGAGAACAAUUAAAAUGGAAUCAGAUGAAAAGCUGGAUGUGGCCGGUGUCUUCUGAUGAGAUCAGAGAAGUUUUUAUGCCAGCAGAUUGGAAAAUGAAAGAUAUCAACUUCAAAGAUUUGUCAACGAUAAUUAAUGUAUGGAAAAGAUGUACAGAAGUGAAUGCUAGAAUGGUGACUGGAAUUGGCAAGCUUCGAAAGUUAAGGAAUGAAUUUACUCAUAAAUACGGUACUACAUUGUACAUGGAGGAUAACGAAUUGCUCAAUAAGUUCUUCAUCAUAUUCAACGUACUAAAUCAUCCAGAUAUUCAAGCGGCUAUACCAAACUUUAAUGACCUGAUUAAAACUUUAAAGGAUCUCGAGCAGUUUGGUAUGGAAACGGAUGUAGAAAAAGCACUAUGUAAAAUUCAGUCUACUUUAACCAGACUUCUAGAAGAAAGGGAGAAGAAGAAUAGAACAUUAGAACAAAACCGGACUGAAAAACAGACAUCGAAACGUGAUAUAAUAUUCUGGUGCUUUGCUGGUGUUAUGGUACCGGUCUUAAUAGCCAUAUGUUUUGCAAAUUUAAACAUAAGUACGACGAAACAAGAAAUGUCACGUCAAGUUGAAAUUUUAAACGGAAGUACAGAUUGCCUAUCAGAAGACCCUAUCCCGUCAUUUGCAUACAAAUAUGUGCGAAUGUUCGGCUACCUGUCUUACCAUCAUUCAUUUGUUGGCCGCCAGUGGUUAUUCAAAAGCUUAGAAGAAGGUCUUAACCAAACAGGUAAAGGAGUUGUGUUAAUAACGGAUAUGGGCUUUGGAAAAACAGCUGCUGUAGCCAAUAUUAUUUGUGCUACUUCUUCAGAUGCGAGUUACAAUCUAAAGAAACACCUGCUGGCCUAUCACAUAUGUCGGUUUGAUUCAAUAAUAACAAAACAGCACUUUGUUUUUAUAAGAAGGUUGACAUCUAUGAUAGCUAAGUAUAUUCCAAUGUUCAACGAUAUUCUAAAAAAUGAAUUCACUUCAUGCAUGCAUAUCUUUGACGUAGAAACAUGUGAAAAUGAUCCUUAUGGUUGUUUCGACGAAUGCCUUAUACAUCCCCUCCGGAACAUUCCAGAUCCAGAAGGGGGUGUUAAAUUUGUUAUCAUCGAUGCAUUAGAUGAAUGUGAACAUAACCAUCAUGAUAAAAAAAAUAAAAUCAACGGAAUAGCAUCACUGCUGAAAUACAAACUUCACCUUUUCCCAAAAUGGUUAAAAUUCAUUGUAACUUGCCGAAAUAUUUCGUAUUGUCGGCAACUAAAAUAUAACAUGAAACUUAUAUUUUUGGAUUCGAGUGAUCAGAGAAACAUAGAAGACAUGAAGUUUUAUCUAAGUGUACAUGGAGGUAACAAAACAGAAGGAAAAAAUGAACCUUUUACAUUUUUACUUUUGACAAGUACAGUGCAAUCAAACACUUAUUCAAAACAGUUCCAGUCACUGAAUAUCUAUUAUGAGCAUCAGUUCAAAAGGUACUUUACCAGCGGGUAUAAGCAUGCUAAAGCAAUAUUAGAGAUUAUCUGUUCAGCGCUACAGCCCAUUGAUGAAGAUAAACUGUGGUACAUACUUUCAAACACGACAGAAAUAAACCAAGAGGACUAUGAUAACGCCAUUGGACUUUUAAUUGAUUUUGUAAAAUUUAUUGAUAAUAAAGCAUAUAUGCUACACAUUUCACUGAGAGAGUGGUUGCUUGAUACUGAUAACAUUGAAUUCAAAAUCAAUCGAAAUAACGGUCAUUAUUUCAAUGCUUUAUAUUUGAUAAAAGUACUUCAAUAUAAACAGGAAAAGAUAGACAUAGCAGAAUUAGUUUUACAUGCAGUACAUGCAAAUAAGUACAUGGACACUAAUGUGCUAGAUACAGUGUCUUCAUUAAUUUCAAGAAGAGUAAUAGAUUUAAAUAUAUAUAAAGACGAUAACCCAUUACACAUCAUAGCUAAGUAUACAGACAGUGCAGCUGCGAUGCAAUAUUUACUGAAAUAUUAUCCAGAAGCUGAUAUUUUAGAUAGACAAAAUGUCACUCCUUCUUUCAUUGCUGCUUCUAUGGGUAACGUAGAUGCUCUUAAAACAUUGAUUAAUGCUGGAGCUAAUCUAGCAUUUAGAACCAAGUCAUUCCAAGACAUCAUUAACCUUGAUAUUGCAGUUCAAAUAUCUUUGGAAAAGUUACACUGGGAUUAUGGUUUGUUAGAUAUAGCAGUCCAAAAUGGACACUUUAAAAUUGUUGAAUUUAUUUUGAAAGGUAAACAUUCUUCACAGUAUCCUUUAGAUAGACGAAACGGAAUGAAUUUAUUACCAGUUCACCUUGGAUGUAAGCUAGGACACGUCAAGAUAGUAAAAUAUAUAAGUAACCUUUAUCCAUGGAUGCUAGACAACACGUGUUUAUACUUCGCAGCAGAGAGGGCUCAUGCCGAUUUAGUUGAUUUUAUUAUAAAAUCUAAUAUAAAAGAUGACUGUAAGUUAUGUGAUUCCAAACUUCACUGGAUACCUAGGGGCAAAAUAAGAAUUCAGAGUCAAAUUAUUGUUUCCAUGGUUGCAAAUGAUUAUCAUAACAUAUAUGUACUUUUUGAUGACUGGCAUUUCGUUGCUUGUGAAACAGCUUUACAUGUUGCAGUGAGGUUGAGAUAUAUCAAUGUUAUUAAAGUAUUAUUAAAUGAUCCGGCUACAACUAGUCAUGAAUGCUUUGAUCGAGGGGGUAGAACACCUCUUAUAUCUGCAAUCCAAAACAACUAUUCAGAUAUCGUUGAGCUAUUCAUUGAUCAAAAUUUAUUUAGAUAUGAUCUUAGGUGUUUGAAAUCGGUCGAUCCAUCCCGUUUAUUUCAACUGAAUGAGAAAGAAAGACAAACUCUGAAAUUGUAUAAUGGUCCCCAUAAUUUUACAAUAAUGCACAUUAUUUCAAAGUUUGAUAGUUUAUGGAUUAUCGACUUGCUUCAUAAAAAGAAUGUGAAAACACAAUGGAAUAUUUAUGAUAGUGAAGGUUGUUUACCUAUUCACGUUGCAGCUUGCCACGGAAGCUUGAAAAUGCUUGAACAUCAUGUCAACACAUCUGAAAAACAGUUACAAAAUUUAAGAUGCAAAAACGGAAAAACUCCAGUCGAUUCAGCAGCCGAAUGUGGUUCAUUUGCAGCAACUAGUUUUCUUCUAAAUCAGCUACUUGAUACGACCGGUACGUUGUUAAGCAGACUUAAAAAGGCGUUGAUAUCAUCAGCACUUAGGAAACCAUUAACGUCUUCCCUGGCUAUUUAUGAUUUCAGUUUAGAUACAAAUAUUUCAAAGAUCGUGCAACUAGUUGUGGAUAGUGAUGAAGACAUCAUGAUUAAAUUUGAACGUAAUCGCAAUAUUCUUCACAUAUCCUUAUUAAACGGUCACUAUCAAGUUGUUAUUGAUACGUUUAGGAAUUAUCCAGAACUUUCAAUACAGCUUAUGAGGGACAUAGAUAUUGAUUCAUUUACACCUUUGCACCUUGCAGUUUCAAAUCUUGAAAAAUCGACGGACUUCGUUUUUACAUUUUUGCUUAACCUUACAAUGGAAUCAAGUAAAUCAUUCCUAACUGGUAAAGAAUAUUCUAUACUACUAGCUUUAGAAUUCGUUGAAAAAAACGGUUUAAUACCAUCAUUGCAUCGUAAAUCGAUCUUAUUAGAUCUUGUAGAGAAAAAUCACUGCUCACUAAUUUCCUUAUAUGUUAGCCUUGUCAACAAAAAGAUUUUGCAAGAUAAUGAAUUCAUCAGAAAUGUACUACUCAAGGACUAUACAUCUGUUUUGACAUACGAAAUAUAUGUCAGAUUGAUGUUACAUAAACAGUUGACAGCUUCGAAAAUCGUGAAGUGCGCUAACAGCUGUACAGACAUGAUUUCAAAAUGUCAUUUACAUAUUUUAGCCUUGAAAUUUGGACAGCUUUGUUCAGCGCUUAUGACAGUGUUUGACAAGUGGUAUUUAGAUGAAAUUGAGAAAACUUUUAAAUUGUAUUUUCAAAAGGGCCCGACUGUUUAUAGCUCUUGCUAUGACAGUGACGGAUUUAAUGUUCUUGAAAGAGCUAUUCAGGGUUGGUCUGCAGGUUUGGUUAAGCACUUAAUAGAAAUAGGAGUUAAAAGUAAACUUUCUGCAAAAGAUUUGAUUUUAAUCGCAACUAACACAAAAUAUAGGAUGAAAUAUGAAAAGUAUUACAUACUUUGUAAGCCAUAUAAAGAUAUGUCCUACCAUAUUAAACUAAUUGACAAGAAUUGCGUUCGGGAGGAUAUAAAACACGCAUCAAAACAGGGCUAUGAUAAAGUGAAUGUUGCAAAAAUUAUAAAUGAAGAAGAUAGUUUAAGAGAUCAACUCAUAUUUUUGAAAGUUAAUUAUAAGUUGUUAGAUGCAAGAGAUGUGUGUCAAUAUAGCGGGAAAAGGAAACUUCGAAAGUUACUCUCAUCUCAAAAGUAUAACGCUUUCGUCAAACAGCGCGGUAAUGAAAUGGUUACAGUUUUGCAACAUUUUCUCUCUGACAUUCAAGGUUUAGAUGAAUACUCGUCUGAGGAACAUUAUUUUUUAACUGAAAUAAAAUACAUUCAAAACAAUCCAGAAGGAAGCGAUGGUUAUCCGGUAUUCUGCGAGUAUGAUGUUAGUGAACAUUGGGGAUAUUUAAGAAAAACGUUCCGGUUUCUCGUUGAAUAUCUGAAGCUAAGAAUGGGCGAGGAAAUCGGACAUAUUGUGCGGGAUACAUUGUUUUUCAGUGAAAGAUUCAAUCUUACAAUGACGGCUACUUCGCUUAGCAUCAUUCCAGCUUUUAAAUACGUUAAAGAGAUUGACAAUUUUCCCUUCUUUGAAGAUACAUAUCUUUUGUUUCUGAAGGCAAUAAGGACGGGGGAUAAUAGGUGGCAUUUCAUUGAAGAAGCAUCUAAAAUGAUUUUAUACAAUCAAUGGAAUGAAAAUGCUGAAAAAAUAAGAAAUUACUUUUUCAAUGAUGAUAUGAUGAUACUACAUUCUCAUAAUUGA